GGAAAGUACACACUCUCACGGUGCUGCACUGACCCGAAAACAACAAGACGGCACCACAUCUACCGACAACUGCUCAUGACAUCUUCAUAGGAGCCACACGUUGAGAUACAACAAUGGAGAAACCUCCCUUCAGGCAGAGCCAGAGCUGCGGCGACUGGGAGCUGAAGGAGCGGCUGGGAAUGGGAGGCUUUGCUCAUGUUUACCUCUACCAGCAUCAUGAAACAAAUGAGAAACUAGCUGUGAAAAUGUGCCGUCUUGAGCUGACACCAAGAAACAAGGACAGAUGGAGCAGAGAAAUCCAGAUCAUGAAAAAGUUAAAUAAUAUCAACGUUGUGACAGCCAGAGAAGUCCCGGACGAGAUGAUGCAUAUAGCCUUAAAUGAUCUUCCGCUGCUGGCCAUGGAGUACUGCUCCAGGGGAGACCUGAGGAAGAUGUUGAGCAAACCUGAAAACUGCUGUGGCUUGAAAGAAAGUGAAGUGCUCUCCUUACUGAAUGAUGUCGGAUCUGGUAUCCAGUAUCUGCACGAAAACAAGAUCAUACACAGAGACCUUAAACCUGAAAACAUAGUGCUGCAAGAUAUUAGCGGAAAGCUGGUUCACAAAAUUAUUGACUUGGGCUACGCUAAAGACCUGGACCAGGGCAGCCUGUGCACCUCCUUUGUUGGCACGCUGCAAUACUUGGCUCCUGAGCUGUUUGAGAAUAAGCCGUACACUGUGACUGUGGACUACUGGAGCUUUGGCACUAUGAUAUUUGAAUGCAGUUGUGGUUUCCGUCCUUUCCUGCACAACCUGCAACCUGUGCAGUGGGCCAGCAAAGUGCGGAAUAAAGGUCCAAAAGACAUCAUGGCUGUAGAGGAACUGAAUGGAGAAGUCAGGUUCUCCACACAUCUCCCUUACCCCAACAACCUCAGCAGGACGCUGUUGGAGACGAUGGAGGCGCUGCUUCAGCUGAUGUUAAAGUGGGAUCCGGUCCACAGAGGAGGCAAAGUCAACACAGAAAGCAAGAAGCCGCUGUGCUUUGAAGUGCUGGAACAGAUACUGAAUAUGAAGGUGGUCCACAUCCUGAACAUGACCACAGCACAGGUCCACUCCUUCGAGCUGACACCGGAAGAGAGUCUCCACAGUCUGCAGAAACGCAUCGCGGCCGAGACCAAGAUCGACAUUUUGAACCAGGAGCUGCUGCAGGAGACGGGAGUGUCCCUGGACCCCAGGAAACCCGCUGCACAGUGUGUCCUGGAUGGAGUGAGAGGGUGGGACAGCUACAUCGUCUACCUGUUUGAUAAGAGCAUCACUAAGUACUCCGGCCCUUUCAGUGCCAGACAGCUGCCUGAUAAAGUCAACACUAUCGUGCAAGAUGCCAAAACGCAGCUGCCCCUGGUUGUGCUGAAGAAGGUUUGGGGCGAAGCAGUGAGCUACAUCUGUGGCCUGAAGGACGACUACAGCAGGCUUUUCCAAGGACAGAGAGCCGCUAUGUUGAGUCUCCUGCGCUACAACACCAACCUGACCAGGUGUAAAAAUAGCAUGUUCGGCUUCUCACAGCAGCUAAAAGCCAAGCUGGACUUCUUCAAGAGCAGCAUCCAGUACGACCUCGAGAAGUACAGCGAUCAAAUGCACUAUGGGAUAUCUUCUGAAAAGAUGCUGAAAGCCUGGCAGGAGAACGAGGAACGAGCAGCUGCUUUUGCACAGGUGGCGGAGGUGAGCCAUCUGGAUGACGAGAUCAUGGCUCUGCAUUCGGAGAUCGUAGAACUUCAGAGGAGCCCCUACGCCCGUCGCCAAGGAGACAAGAUGGAGCAGCUAGAAGAAAAGGCGAUUGAGCUCUACAAGCAACUGAAGAUGAAAUGCAAAACACCUGAGCCAGAUACGAGCAGCGACAGCUCUGAGAUGGUGAAGGCCAUCAUUCAGACGGUCCAGAACCAAGACAAGGUCCUCAAAGAUCUGUACACACAUCUCAGUAAGAUCCUGAUAAGCAAACAGAAGAUCAUUGACUUGUUUCCGCGAAUUGAGAAAACCCUCGAGAGCAUCAAGGACGCUGACAACACGGUCAUGCAGAUGCAGAUCAAGAGGCAGAGAGAGUUCUGGCAUUUACUCAAAAUCGCCUGUGCUCAGAACUCGUCACGAAACUCCAUCGCUGCAAGUCCCGAGUCGUCCAACCUGCUGCAGGUCUCUCAGUGGUCACAGUCGGCUCAACCUGUCAGCUCCCCGCAUCCUCUCACCUCCCUACCUGGGCCCAAUGACAGUGACGCUGCCCCGCGCCUGCUGCAGGAGAACCAGAAGUACCUCAGUCAGCUGACAAGUCUGAUGCAGGAGGCGGCGGAUGAACAGGCCAAUAGCAUAGUGGACCAAGACUGGAGCUGGACGAAAUACGAAUCCCACACGUCAAAAUUAAAAAAGCGAAACGCGUAAGCUCUGCGUCUUCCUCUUCCUUCUCCAUCAUCAUCAUCCCUCCCCACCUGUGCUCCCAGUAACACUACUAUGGACUGUGAAGCUGUUAAGAGUGUACGAGAGCCGUAAAACGUUGUACAGGUUUGUACAUGGACUCGACAUAUUCUCUUUAAAAAAAAAAGAAAAGAAAGAAAAAAACAACAAAAAAUUUAAAAAAGAGAGACGGCAUUUACGCACAUGCUCAGUUGGUGUCUGUCCGCUCCCUUCGUCUUAAUGGUGGAAAGUUUAAUUUUUUUUAUAUGAGAAAACAAUGAAGCUGUGUCACCCUUUUUUUUCUCUCCUUUUUUUCCGCACAAUAUUUAAAAACAAAAAACAAACAAACAAACGAUGCGGAUUUCUACUGUUACUGCAAAAUAAAAUCGAGCAAACUGUAGCACCGGACUUUCGGGAGGGUUUUUGGAUUCAUCACACGGGAGCGAGAGUGCCGGACAGGAACAUUGAUGGGAACUUGCUCAACCUCGUGACAUACAAGGAAAACAGAGGAAGUGGUUCGGGGGUGGAGGGAGGGGAGGGGAGGGGGGAGGCGGGGGUAAAGGAGGAAAUUACAAUCAAGCAAACAGCACUUUGAUACUCCCAUGUAUCCUUUCUGUAAAGAGUCGCACCAGGCUGCCAGAACUGUCGCAAGAUUUACAGUCAAGACGAGGAGACAGAAACUCAUGUUCAAUUUGAUAUAUUUUACAAUUAAUCAUUCUGGGGUUUAGAUAUAUGUAAAUGUUUUUUUUUUGUUCUUUUUUUUUGUUCUUUUUAAAUAAAGUGUUAUAUACAUAUAUAUAUAUAUAAAUAUCAUAGGCAGGAGUCUUAGUGAGGAUCUAUCAUGAUUUAAAUGUGACAGAAGUGGCUGGCCAUUAUGUUUAUACCAUGUCGAUACUUUUUAAUUGUCCUGUAGAUACGAUUGAGGUUCUGUUGUCUCAGUUAUGUGCACAUCACUGUUCACCGGAGUGGUUUCCGCUGCGUUCAAGUCACACAGAGAGCUGAAAUGAUGAGAUGAUGAAUCAAGAGACGGUGAAUUAGUUUUCCUUCUUUUUUUUUUUUUUCUUUUCUUUAAAGGAAAAAUGUCUCCAGUGUGACAAUCUGUUGAUUGUGAUAGGAAAUUAAAUAUUUUUGCACUUAUGCUCAAGGCAAUUUUAUAUAGACGUCACCUUCAGCUCUGGGAAUUUAUAAAGGGCAUGUGUCACUAUUUUCUGAGCAAAAAAAACCCCAAUUUUAAUUAAUAAAGAAAAUAAUCUGCAAAUUAAUCUAUAAUGAAAAUAAUUGUUAGUUGCAGCCUUAAAGUCAAAUAGGAUUUAUUUACCAAGUCAUGUCAACAUUCAGGUGUCUACACAUGUUUUUACUGCUGAAAUACAUCAAAUUUCAACAUUUAUGUUUAGUAUUGUACACGAUCCCUUACUGACUAACAAACAAAUAAAUAAAUAAUAAUUACAGCUGUGAAGUUCAGGUUUACAUGAAAGUUCUGAUGUAUCAGAAACAGCGUUUAAUAAAAAAUGUACAUUCAUUUCUCACUUAGUAACUUAAAGUAAUUUACCUGAAAUUUCAUUUUAACCUUCACAUGAUCAACCCUGCAAUCAUUAACAGUAUUGAGUCUGAUAACGCUCAUAAAUAAGGCUGCCUCUAACUAUUGUUUUAAUUAUUGAUUAAUCUGGUGAUUAUUUUGUCAAUUAUUUAGUUAAUUUUUUUGUCUAUUAAAACUCAGAUAAUAGUGAAAAAUGCAUAUUUACAUUUCCCAGAG